GGAACUCGCUUUGUAGUAGGGAACUCAUUUGUAGGUCCAUGCUUUGACAAAGCGUUUCCUUUCGAUCUGCAUAUCGCCCUCUGUUGAGACAAAAUAAUGAUUAAUCAUAAUGGCAGCGCCCACUCGCUACUUUAGAUAGAGAUUUGGAAUCGUGUUGAAACUUGAACCUGAAGUAUUUUAUCAAUUUAUUUCACAAUGGAGGACGUAAGAAUGCACCUCGAUAACAUCCUUCAAUUCAUAAGUAAAUUUAUGUCGGUUUUAGAGUGCAGUACCGUAAAUUUUUAUACAAAUAAUAUGUGGGACGACAAUCUUGAUUGUGAAUUUGCCUCUCAACUUCUUCAGCUGACGGACACGGAAUUGGCUCUAUUUCCUAGUGGCAGAGUUUUGCUUCACAGUCAAUCUAAAUCACUGGACGGACAAGUCCCUCUUCUACGGAAAUUCAUGAAAGAAAUGGUAGAAAACCGAUUAGAUACACUGGCACUGCCUAUUGAUAGUGUGACAGAAUGUUGUGGGAAAGAGUACCUCCGCGCCACUGCGGGGCAAGAUGUGGAGCAUGACACCAGGAGUUCAGGCGAGGAGCAGAUGGAGGAGCCGCUGGAUGCAGCCGUGUCGCAGGAGCGAGAGUGGAGAGAAAAUGCAGAGCUUACGAAACGGAUAAUGGGCAACAAGAAGUCACAUGAAGUAGCCCUAAUGGCUCAGAAAUGUGCAAAUUUGUUGUCUGCAACUGGUAUCAAGCAGGUUAUUGAUAUCGGAAGUGGGAAAGGUUAUCUGGGACAGUUCCUCACCAUGCAGUAUGGUAUUAACGUUAUCAGCGUCGAUUCGUCAGAGACCAAUACAAACGGCGCCCUUAAGCGGAACAACAGGUUGAGCAAACAGUGGAGAGGGAUCGUUAAGAAUGCCACACAGAGAAGACAGGAGAAGGUAUCUGAUGCAGGGUCUGCUUGUAGCAUGAAAGACUGCAGGCUAGAAAGCAGAAGUAAUAGCGGGUCUGAAAAAACUCGAAACAAUGAUGGUACAGACAGAUGCCAGGUAGAUUUGACUGAAAAUGAAGGGAAGGAAUUAUCAUCAAGUGAGAAAAUUGUAUUGUCAUCUACUUUGAUUGUGACUGAAUCAAUACCAGUGCAAUCUGUGUCGUUAGGGGAUGGUACAUCAGGAGCUGUUAAAAAGUUGUCACCAUCUUCAUUGCCUUCAUCUGUACUGGUAUCUUCAUCAUCAUCUUCAAUUUCAAUAGUAGCAUUAUCAUCAUCGUCAUCAUGUUCGUCAUCUUCGACAUCAACAGCAUCAUCAUUAACAUCAAUAACUGCAUUAUCAUCAUCAUCAUCAUCAUCAUCCUCUUCAACAUCAAUAGUACCAUCAACAUCAUCAUCUUCAACAUCAAUAGCAUCAUUAUCAUCAUCAUUAUUAUCAUCGUCAAUAGCAUCAUCAUUUUCAUCUCCACCAACAACUCUUGUAGCUGGAGAAACAACUUCAUCACUAACAACAGGGACUGAUAUACGAAUGUCAGCACUUUCAGCAAAAUCAUCAAUAACAGCUUUAAACUCAUUGCCAAACACCUCUCUACCUCAUCCUAACCAACCACCGCCACCACCACAUCAUCCAUUGGUAUCGUUCACCCCGUCAUCAUCAUCCCUACUAGCAGAGGAAGAUGAGCUGAUGAAGUCCCAAACUGAUGGAAAGAACAAUUCAAUUCUCAGCCAAGAACGAACUUGCCAUGGGGGAGCUACCACACCCAAAACUGAAAUGAAGGCUGAAGAGCGGGGAGAGGCUGGAACGAAGCCGGCUGCUUGUGUUGCUGUAACGGGCUAUGUCGACGAAGAGACAGAGAUUGGGGAUAUUUUGCAGUGUGAUGAAAAUGCAAGUAGCUUUGAUCUAACACAGCCUUUCAUGAUGGUGGGACUGCACACGUGUGGUGAUCUAGCUCCCUCUAUGCUGAGAAUCUUCCAGUCGAAUCCCAGCAUGCAUUGCCUGUGUAACGUAGGCUGCUGCUAUCACCACGUCACUGAAGAGUUUGCUAAGAAAGACGAAUGGGAUCGGGAACACUCGGGGAUCAAGAUGGGGUCGUCAUUUGGAUUCCCAAUGAGCGACUAUUUGAGAGAGAAAAAAGUUGCCCUGGGGCGGGGCGCUCGAAUGACAGCUUGUAUGGCAGCUGAUAGAAUAGCAUCAGAGAAGACUGUUGAUGUGAAGGGGUUGUUCUACAGAGCUGUGCUUCAGGUCAUCUGUAGAGAUCACUUCACCAUUCCAACAAGAAAACAGAUCAUUGGAAAGCUUGCACCAAAGUGCAAGUCAUUUAUGGAAUACACACGGAAGGCACUUAAAAAACUGAAGAUGGAUGAUACCAAGAUAUCCGAUGAUGAGAUCAGUGCAUAUGAAGCCGAGUACAGACCUUUUUACCGACACCUGGCAGCUUACAACCAGCUGAGGGCAGCAUUGUCACCUAGCAUCGAGGCCAUUAUCCUCCUAGACAGACUUCUUUACUUGAAAGAACAGCCUAACAUCAAGACGGCAUGCAUCGUACGGCUCUUUGACCCUGUGACCUCCCCUCGUUGCUAUGGUAUCUUCGCAGUCAAGGCAACCGAUUGUUUAUAGGCAUCUACUGGCAGAUUGUAUCAAACCAUUGCACACUUUACAACUGGGCCUGGGUGCAUAAAACUUACCAUUGAUGGUAACUUAUCCAUUACCAGUAAUGGUAAUCAUGGAAACCUUGAUUUGACUGGAUGUUGAGUGAUGUUGCCAUGGUAGUUAGUAUUGAGGGUAAAGUUACCAUCAAUGGUAAAUUUUAUGCAACAGGGUCCAGGAGUUUGCUUCACAAAGACUAAGCUCGACUUUAAGUUGACUUAAUUAUGGCAGGCCGCUCAUGCCACUAAUUCCUCGAACUAUUCCUGGCAUUGGUUUCUCAAAGGACGUAUAAAUCGUCACAAAUCUACAGAAUUUUCAUUUGUUGAUAGUUCAUUAUUUGAGGAAAAAUAUUAUCUAAAG